CACAGUGUUGUUCUUCACUUAAUCGAUCCCAGAUAGCUCGAUUGGAUCGACUCUCGCUUUUUCACGCAAGUAUUUGACUUCCUGCCCAGCCUGGGCUCCUUCCUUUUAGCUGAUCGAGUGCGCCAUGGCUCCAAUAAAGAAGCUGGUGGGCAGGAAACCGGGCGGAAAGAGGAAGAAGCAGCUCCUGAAGUUCACUCUGGACUGCACUCAUCCUGUGGAGGAUGGCAUCAUGGACGCUGCCAACUUUGAGCAGUUCCUGCAGGAGCGCAUUAAGGUGAACGGCAAAGCUGGAAACCUCGGUGGAGGAGUGGUCUCCAUUGAGAGGAGCAAGAGUAAAAUCGCAGUGAACUCAGAGGUUCCCUUCUCAAAGAGGUACUUGAAAUACCUUACCAAGAAAUAUCUGAAAAAGAACAACCUCAGGGAUUGGUUGAGGGUUGUGGCGAACACCAAGGAGAGCUACGAGCUGCGCUACUUCCAGAUCAACCAGGAUGAGGAGGAGGAGGAGGAAGAAGAUUAAGCCAAAAAUCACUCUUUGAAUAAAAUGUCAUUAGAGAAAA